GGGGAUCUUAACCCCCGUUUUUAGUAUUUUUUGAUUUAAUUAAAAAAAAAAAUUACCUAAUUAAACAAGGGACGUCCCUUGUUUUAGGGACAUAGCAUACGUAUCUUGUGGGACGCGUGUCAAAACCUCGCGUUUCUUUCUCUCUCUCGAAGCGGUUCGUUUCUCUCUUCUCCCGUGACUCCUCGACGACUCCGUCUUCCAUCGAUGAUCUCUCGUGGACCAUGGCUUCUCCUCGACGAUUCGAUCGGUGAGAUCUCUUCGAGGCAAUCAUCUGGCGUCUGUGUCGGUUUAAUCGCCGUCUCUGUCUCUCUCCUCGACAUGCAAGAGUCUCUCUCUGUCUCCUCGACGACUCCGCGGCUCUCUUAUUCUCCUCGGCGACUCCGCGACUCUGUGACUCCGUCGCUCUCCUCGAUGGCUCACCUCGUCAAAGAAUCUCUCUUCGAGGCAAUCAUCCGGCGUCUGUCUCGGUGGAAUCGCCGUCUCCGUCUCUCUCCUCGACAACUCCGAGUCUCUCUCUGUCCCCUCGACGACUCCGCCUCUCUCUUAUUCUCCUCGGCGACGCCGUGACUCUGUGACUCUCUCGCUCUCCUCUCCGGCCCGUAGGUCUCCUCGAGGAAAUCAAAUCUCACGGUAAAGCUUUAGGCCUUUUAGAUGUUGAGUUAACAAAUGUUUUAUGUGUCAUGUCUGAGAUGAAGCUUGAUGCCUUUUGAUAGUGAUCAGAUUAGUUCCGAUGAGGUGCUUAGUUGGGUGAUGUUAUCUCUGGUAUGUCCUUGGUAGAGUUCGAUCAUUUUGAUACUGAUCAGAUUAGUUUAGAUGUUGAGUUGAGUGAUGUUUUAUCUUUUAUAUCUGCGGUAAAGCUUGAUGCUUGUUCUCUGCCAAUGUCUAGUGUAAACCUUUAUGCUUUUGAUGGUGAUCUGAUUAGAUUAGAGGGAAAUGCUUGAAUCUAUAGUGAUAAUCUUGCUCGCGUCUGAAUCUUUCAUGUGCUGAUUUUGUCUCUUGUAUUUUCUUGUGAGAUGAACGGAUCAAGAGAGAUGUGAAGGUCUCUUUAUAUGGACGGUUCAAGUCAUAUGAAUCUUGUUCAAAGGAGAGGACUACAACUGCAAUACAGGAGUCAGUCACAGGAUGUGGAGUGGAGUCACGGGAAGUGAAUGAGUGGAGUCACGGGAGUGUGUUUUACCCUCUUGUAGUAGGGUCUGUCUUGCAUCGCCUCUGUCUUCUAGUAGUCACAGGAGUGUGUUUUACACUCUUGUAGUAGGGUCUGACUUGUAGUAGGGUCUGUCUUGUAGUAGUCACGGGAGUGUGUUUUUACGUUUGAUUUUUGUAUUGUAGUAGUCACGGGAUUGUAGUAAUUACAAGGAUGUAUGUCACUAAAUUUUAUAAGUCACCUUCUCUAUAUAAUUGUCAUCACUUUCUCUUUGUUAUCUCAUCAUCUCUUCUUCCCUUCUCUAGUUGUCUUCUUCACUUCUCAAGCUCCCGUAAACAAUAUUGAUCACUGCCUCUUGGUGAUCCUAUAUAAUUGUGAUCACAAGUCUUUUUUAUAACUACUCUCAUCUUAUCUCCUUCUCUUUAUUUUUUUCACCUUUUUAAAACACAAAAUUUCUACAUAAAAUUUUACGUUUCAUACAAGUCAAUGGCAUCUGGUUCUCAUAACCCUUUUGAGGGAUCAGAUGAUGAUACUUGUGAUGAAUAUUUUGAUCAAACUUUCGAUCAAUAUUUCGAUCAAACUUUCGAGAAUUUUACCAUUGAUAAUGUUAAUCAAGAAGAAGAGAGGAAAAAAAGGAAGAAACGCGUCUAUAUCGAAAGAAAUCGUGAAGAAGGCGAUUUACGGUUAUGGAAAGAUUAUUUCUGUAACACUCCUACAUAUCCUCAAAAUCUAUUCCGACGACGUUUUAGAAUGAACAAGCCAUUGUUCAUGCACAUUGUUGACCGACUCUCCAACGAAGUUCACUUCUUUCGCCAAAAGAAAGAUAGUCUUGGAAGGCUUAGUCUCUCACCACUCCAAAAGUGUUCAGCAGCCAUUCGUCUCUUGGCAUACUGUAGUGCGGCUGAUACGGUCGACGAAUACCUCCGGCUCGGUGAAACUACAGCUCGGUCUUGUUUGGAGCAUUUUGUGGAAGGAAUAAUUAAUUUGUUCGGCGAUGAGUACCUAAGAAGACCAACACCGGCUGAUCUUCAACGUCUACUUGAUAUUGGAGAGCAUCGUGGAUUCCCCGGGAUGAUAGGAAGCAUCGAUUGUAUGCAUUGGGAGUGGAAGAAUUGUCCCACCGCUUGGAAAGGGCAAUAUUCUCGUGGUUCGGGUAAACCAACAAUUGUUUUAGAGGCGGUUGCUUCGUAUGAUCUCUGGAUAUGGCAUGCGUUUUUUGGACCUCCAGGUACUUUAAAUGAUAUCAAUGUUCUUGAUCGCUCACCUGUUUUUGAUGACAUAAUAAAUGGUCAAGCUCCGCAAGUCACUUACUAUGUCAGUGGAAGAGAGUAUAAUUUGGCUUAUUAUCUCACCGAUGGUAUUUAUCCGAAAUGGGCAACUUUUAUCCAAUCUAUUCCGAUGCCACAAGGACCGAAAGCGGUUUUAUUUGCUCAACGUCAAGAAGCUGUCCGCAAAGAUGUCGAGCGCGCUUUUGGAGUCUUGCAAGCUCGCUUCGCCAUAGUUAAAAAUCCGGCACUUUUUUGGGAUAAAGUCAAAAUUGGAAAGAUUAUGAGAGCUUGUAUCAUACUCCACAAUAUGAUAGUAGAAGACGAAUGAGAUGGCUAUACUCUAUUUGAUGUUUCAGAGUUCCAACAAGGAGAAGACACCGGAAGUUCACAUGUCGAUCUCACGUAUUCUACAGAUAUCCCUACAAAUAUCGCCAAUAUGAUGGGUGUUCGAACUAGAAUUCGGGAUAGACAAAUGCAUCAGCAACUGAAAGCGGAUUUGGUUGAACACAUAUGGCGUAAAUUUGGACUUGAUGAAGACAACAACUGAGCUUCAAUUUUUUUUUUUAUAUUCUCGUUUAACGUAGUAAUCUUUGUUUGUAUGUUUUUUUUUAAGUUCUAUGUUUUAAAUGUAAUUUAAUUAAUAAAUAAAAAUUUCAUUUAUAAAAAUUUUUAAUUUUUUAAAAAAUAAGAACCUCUAAAUAAGAGACUCCCAUUGGAGGCCCAAAAUUUUAAACGUUUCUUAAUGAGUUUCUUAUUUACUUUUAAUUAGUUAAAUAAUGAUUAAGAAACCCAUAUGAGUAUAUGGGUUGAUCAUGCUCUAAGUAGCAUGAGUUAAUAAUAAAACGACAACGUACUAAUGAAGAAGAGAUUGAGAGUUUUUGAAAUUUUAAUUCAUGUUUUUAAUAUUGUUUUUGAUAAAUGGAACUAAGAGAGCCUUCUCCCGGUAAGUAGCAUGAGUUAAUAAUAAAACGACAACGUACUAAUGAACCUAUUAUUAUUAUGUAAGACUCUCUCUCACAAAGAUUCACCGGCUCCUCCUUCUUUCCUUGGCCACUUUGGUCAUCUCCACCUAUCUUCACCAUUCUCUGGCUCUCCUCUGUCUCAGCUAGCAUGGACCUAUCAAUACUCCCCCGUAGAAGACCCACCUUGUCCUCAAGGUGGUAUGAGCUGAGACUCUCCCAUUGACCACUACAAUAGGCUCACCUUGAUAAGGGCUAUAAGGAUAUGCUCCUACAACCUCUAUCACUGUGUGUCCCUCUUCAUUGUUUCUAAAAAAACCCUCUGCAAACACUCAACAAGACUCCAACCAGUAUCCUUCUCCCAACUUCUACCAAUCCCCAUUCUUGCUCUUCGUUUAUGUUUCCAUUUCUCGCGAGCGAGAUACUAUCAACCCUCCAUAACAGCUCUGCUACAUUCUUCCGCUUUGGAAAUCUUGUGUCCAUGGUUCAUAGCUUAACUCCAUUAGUAAUACCGGAAAAAAAAAUCAGAUGUUUCCCCCUGUGUAAAAUUUCCCGUGCGUGAGACAGCUUCAGCAUUGGUCAUACUAUAAGCACCUAUGUCACUCUCUCCAUGGCGUGCAAGAUUAACGCCUCGCAAAGUCACCCACUCGUGUUGAUGACUUAAAGAUAAGGUGGGCUUCUUUCAGUUUAUGUGUUAGUCUCUCCAAGUUUCGAGAGCCAUUUGUAUCCCAGUACCAUCUGAAAAUUUGAUCUACUUCCUCCUAAAACGAUAAAGUCCUCUUCAAUGUCUAUUCCUUGUAAGUUCAUCUUGACUCCUAAAAAUGUAUUGCUGCUCUGAAUCACCAAACCACAGCCUAACACAACCCGGAGUGUAUGCUCUUAUCAGUUGGUAACUCAAAACGUUCCACCAGCUCUGCUGAGAUGAAGUUGCUCGUAGUGCCCGAGUCGAUCAGUACCGCCACUACUCUACCGUCUAUGGUACCCACCACGAAGAACCUUUUGUAGCAGUCUUCCUUGAUCAUGAUGUACGGUGUUCGAGUUUGAUUUGCUUCAGCCCCCGUGAUCUGAACCAGACUGCCACUUAGGUCUCUCUUCAUUGUGGAAUGUAACCAAGCUCAAAAACGAUUCUUGAAAACAAGGAAAAGGUGUUGCACAUGCAGAUCCCCACUGUCCUGAAGACCACCUUGCUGCUCUCACCACAAGGACAAGUUCAUUCCAUCUUUGAGUGUGCUUGGUUGAAGUUGCUUCACUUCUUUCUGUAAAAGGAUGCUCAAAACCACUCAUGAAGACCUCGAUCAAAAAAAAAACCCGGCAAGAAUACAGACUUCUGAACCUGUUCUUCAAAGCUUCUUUGGUAUUCCAUAACUGACACUUCUUGAUAAAUUUAUGAGUAACAUUGGAACCAAUACCUACUCUAUCAUUGUAUCGGCUGUCCCUGUUCACGAUUGUUUCCUCAUGCUCCACUCGACCUAUUUUCCUUGUAGUUACAUAUUUUCCUUCAAUAUGCAGCUUAACACCAUCCACUUUAAUUUCGUGUAAAAUCAUCUUCUUGAACUCUUCUCAAUUCCUAAGAACUUUUAUUUCCCACGACUCUUUGAUGUUUUCUCCAAUGGUUCCUUGUAAGCUUUCAUAAGCUACUUGAAGCAUCUCCUCUUCGAGAAUGUGAUUCUCUACGCAAUUCUUCCUGAAAUUAUUGAGCAAUACCUCCAUUUCCGUCCUCGAGACACUCACAAUCUUGAAUCGUCACUUCAGUGUUCAUAUCAGCAACUCGAGUUAGCACUCCACUCAGAUUGUCACCAAGCAACACUGUUCCCUUCAACUAACCAUCCCAUAAUCUACUUGUACUUCCCUGGUACUGAGGCAAAGUACCGUACAGCUGUGUUGGUGCCAUGGCAAAACCAUCUAGUCUCGUUUUUUCCUUAUCUGAAAACGCAGCAAACCUUAAAUGUGUUCCUCUGAGCUUAGUUGCUCCCCUUUGAUUUAUGAAUAACAUUGUUCUUCGACUGUGACUACUCAUCGCCACUAUAAAGUGGUUCUCGAGAAGCUCCUAGACAUAAACAUGUCUUCUCCAGUCUCAUACUGCGAACCCUCUAACGUACCUUGAAGAACUUCUUCUCAACUGAUUGUCUACCACGAACAUGCUCUUUGCAUACGUUAUGGAACCUCUCAGAAUGUAGGAGAGGAUAUUUUAUCCCCUCCAGUGUGGGAUCGCUUCAUGUCUCACCCCUCUUCAGUAUCACCUCAUUAGCAAUCAAUCUCACGGGCUUGGUUCUGUGUCACGUUUGAAUUAAGAAGCUCGGUUCAGGAACACCACCGUACGCAACUACCUCCUCGAUUGUAUCCGCUACACCCUUUCCUAUCGGACGAAUAGAGAUUGGUUCUUGCGCGCAGGCUCUCUCUUCGCUACACGACAAGAAGGUAAAACCGGUGUCAUCACCUUACCAACACCCUUCAAGUCAUGAGUUGGUCACACGCUCCCCACAUGUUUGAUGAAAUUCCUCAGUGGUUGUGUUCUUGCUAGGUUUGAUUCCACCCCAACGAGCGUUGGUGUAAUGCAGAUUUGUGUUCUUGUUCCCUCCGUGAGCCCAGUUCCGGUUGAGACUCGCUGGAACAAGUACGACCCACUAUCGCCAAGAUGACCCAUGCGACUCUUAGCCAGAUCCGGUGCCCUCGUCGUCGUGUCUGAUGUCUUCACUCCUUCACGUUGAGGAUCUUCUGAAUCGAGACUUUUCUGAUUCUGAUUCGCCUGAAAUCGACUCAAAGCUCCGUAAGUGUGAGUCAACAUCCCUUAUAACUUUCACAUCUCAGGAAGUAUCUCCAUGUAAGCCUAUGUUUCUCGUUCUAGAGGAUUCGAGUGCUCUGAUAUCUUUGUUAAGGUUUGGAAAAUGGAUUCUAGGGUUUAUGUGAGAAAAGUAACAAGAGAGAAGCGAUUGAGAGCUAUUGGAAUUUAUAAUUCUUGUUUUUAAUAAAUCAAACUAAGGGAACCUUCUCCCAAUAAGUAGCAUAAGUUAAUAAUAAAACGAUAACUUACUAAUGAACCUAUUAUUAUUGUAUAAGACUCUAUCUCACAAGGAGUCACUGAAUCCUCCUUCUUUCCUUGGCCACUUUGGUUAUCUCCAUCUAUCUUCACCAUUCUCUGACUCUCCUCUGUCUAGCAUGGUCCUAUCAUUGAAUUAGGAUGUCUAGAGAGGUGGGCGUCAACAUCAAGAUUGAGUUUCUAUUUUUCCAAAUGGUCCAGAGAAUCCAAGGGAUCUCCUGUCUCUGAGCCAAUGGGAUUGAUUCCUCACACAUCAACUAGAGGUGGAGAGAUAACAGUUCCACUAAUUGAGAACUAGUGUGAUGUGGGAUAUUUUGAAAACCCGCACGGGACCAAACAUCAAGCGCAAUAGGAAAGUUGAAAAGGACAUGGACAAUGGAUUCUGAACUUGUCAAGCAGAGUUUGCGGCCCAUGUCCAGGUUCAUCCAACGAGUGUAUAACCUUUUUGCUAUAGUUAACUGAUAUCUUGCAUAUUCACAUUGUUUUAUCCAUUUAUUAAUGUGCAUUUUCAUCAUAUAGAUUAGGAUUUAGUCAUGUCUAAGUUGCAUUUUGCAUAAAUAUGUCUCUAUUAGGUAUUGGAGUACCACUUGGAGUUCCUGGAGACAUUUGGGUACAUUUGGAGCUCAAGGGAGGUGAUUAGAGUGAUCUUUGGACGAGCACUGCCUGGAGCGACUUCCCGGAGCGACUACAUGAAGUCGCUGUGACACAUAUCCCGGAGCGACCUUGCCAGAGCGACGUAGAGAGGUCGCUCGCGUUUCUAUCGCGAGACACCCCUCCCAGAGCGACUUGCCAGAGCGACGUUCCAAGGUCGCUCGCGUUUCCAUGGCGAGACGACACCCAACGAGGCCCAGAGCGACGUCUUCAGAGCGACACAGCCAGGUCGCUCGCGAGGAGACGACCCGGGAGCGAUGUCUUCAGAGCUACACAGCCAGGUCGCUCGCGAAGAAACGACCCGGGAGCGACCUCUCGCAGCGACGUGCCGAGGUCGCUCCGCAUCAAUUUGUUUGGCGAAUUCAUGAUUUCUCAAGGGCCUUUUGGUCAUUUCAUUAUGCACGUUUUUACUUCUGAAAACCUAUGUUUUAAGGAUUUUUGUAAGCCACCAGAAAACAAUCUCUUUUCCAGAGAAGAACUAGUGAAAACUUCUUUUGAUUCAGAUUUCAUUGCUUUGAUCUUGUGUUCUAGUUGAUUUCUUGUCUAUUUCUCUACAUGCUUAAUCUGAAAUCCAAUAUGGGUUUAAGAGGAAUCAUGGAGAUUAGUGAGUAAUCACUUUUUGAAUUCAUGGGCUAGAGAGAUUAAAGGUGAUUAGGUUCGUUCUAGGAUGUUUUAGUGUAGAUCAUUUUUGUUCCUUGCUAGUAGAGUAUUAAUAAUGCAUCUUCUGAGUUGGCCACUCAAAAGUUGAUAUUUAGGCAUUUCCCACCCACAAGGUGUUUGAUGAAA